AUGGCGGGCUCAGAUGGGUCUGCCACCACUAAUAACCCCUCAUCAACGAUUCCCGCUGUCACCGCGACUGCCGCCGCCGCCAAGGAGGCUGCCCAGAAGCCAAAUGGCUCUCCUGUGUCGGAUGCAACCACACAACACCAGCCCUCCAUUGCAUCUACGAUAAACGACAAACCCGAGUUUGAUGAUUUCGGCUUGCCCAUUAGGCGAUAUGUACCACCGCCGCCUGAAGAUACCGAAGAGCCGAUCGAUGCUCAACCCGAACCGAAUCACCGUGAUUCUGAACAGUCAAAACACGAAAACGAGGUUGCUAGCGACGCUGUUCCUCCAAAGACGGGCACUUCUGGAGACGACAAGAUAAACGGCAAGAACGCGGAGUCGGACAGUGAUGAUGACGAGUUCAGGGACGCGCAAUCUGAGCAGCCCGUCACAGCCGCUACUCCUGGCGAUAACUCGAGCACCCCGUUAACCCCUGUGAUGUCGAAGUUGGACAAAGAAGCGAUCAAGGAUGACACCAAAGACACAAAAGACGGGUGCUCGGAUAAAGACAGUGUCAAGGACAGCGUUGGAGCGACAAACAACAAGGUCACCAAGGAAGUUACGGGAGAGUCACACCAGGAGACGUCCUCUGUCAAGUCUGACGAAGAAAAGUCUGCGACGUUAGUAACCUCGAGCGCGGACAAAGUAGCGCCAUCAGCCGUAGACAAGGACGAAACCAAAAACAAGGCCGUUACAGUUAACGGUGAGCCGAACAAGGAUAAAUCAAACGAACCACAUGCGACAAACGGCGUUCAGUCAAAAGAAGAGCGACCCCAGUCACCAGUCAAACUUGUUGACAAGGCAGACCAGCCCGAUCCGAAGGCAGCAGGGAAAGCUCAUACGGGAGGCACUCACACCAGAGAUACAAGCACCGCUAGCAAUGCAGUCGUCUCUGAAUUCUCACAUCAGCAGCUUACGUCAAAUGUGGAAGAGACGAAGAAAGAUGAUGAUGGCGACUGGCAAGAAAUGCCUGCAUACGCGCCAUAUGAUAUCUACGAUGAAGACAACAGGCUGGUCGCAAAGGAAUUCACCGAAGAGAUGGAGGAUACGUACGGCUACGGCGGGCUGGGAGGUGCAGGUAAGGGGUACACUCGAGUAAUCAUGGACGACGACGCGGAAUCGGCGACCAGCAUGGACGAAAACACGCAGUACCUUUUUACGGAAGUGAAAGGCACAAGCAUGACCGAGGACGAUACUGAAACGCGUGAUGCUGUUUCUCAGAUGCAGGCAACCAAGGACCUCCUUACUGAAGGUCAGAGGGUUGCGUAUGUCGGACUCACCCGGCUGGAGAUACACAAUUUGGUCAAGGAGGCUGAGAACCUCGAGCAAACCAGGAGAGCAAAGAAAGAGGUCACCAUGGCUGCAGAAGCGACGAAGAUGUGGGGACAGAAGAUGAUGAUUCGGCUUUAUACUCACAUGGACAUCAGCUCCCAGGAGCAAAUGAUGGUUGAGCAGCUAAGCGACCACGGCGUUAUGCCAUCCGAUUUGACUCCUCUUUUGAUGGCCAACGCAAGGGUGAAAAAUCCGAUGGCAGAGGAAACGCGCAACUCGCUGUCUGUUUCGUCACCCCAGACAACGUCGCCUCGAACGCUGCCGCCCCCUUCACCAGCCCUGACGGAUGAUGAAAAAGCAGCCGAAGCGCCGCCGCCAUAUGAUGUUCAACAAGGCGAAGAGUUGCCUCCCGUUAAGACACCGUCGCAGCUAUCCACAGCAGAAAGUAUCGAUAUCGACCUAAGAUGGACAGUGUUAUGUGAUCUAUUUCUUAUUCUUAUCGCAGACUCCGUCUACGACUGCCGCUCCAGAAUUCUGCUAGAACGAGUCGGCAAGAGCCUGCAAAUUGACUGGUUGGACGUGCGCAAAUUUGAGAAGAAGGUAACGGACGCCUUGGAAAUGCAACAGGCUGCCGAGAAAGAGAACUGGAACGAGGACGAGCAUAUGGAACAUAGGAGGAAGCAAGCACUCCGAAAAAGAUAUGUAAUGAUGGGCUUGGCUACAGUCGGUGGCGGUUUAGUCAUUGGCUUGUCCGCUGGUCUGCUUGCUCCUGUGAUCGGCGCUGGCCUGGCAGCCGGUUUCACCACCAUUGGAGUAACAGGAACGGGCACUUUUCUCGGCGGUGUUGGCGGAGCAGCUAUUAUCACAUCGAGUGCCGCAGCGUCUGGUAGUGUCAUUGGCGUCCGAGCCGCCAAUCGGCGAACGGGUGCUGUCAAGACGUUUGAGUACCGACCCUUACACAACAACAAGCGCGUACACUUGGUUGUGACUGUGGCCGGAUGGAUGACUGGCAAGGUGGACGACGUGCGAUUGCCAUUCAGCACGGUGGAUCCCAUUAUGGGCGACCUUUACUCGGUUUUCUGGGAACCAGAAAUGCUCAGGAGUAUGGGUGACACCAUCAACAUUCUUGCUACAGAGGCCCUCACACAAGGUCUUCAGCAAGUCUUGGGAAGCACUAUCCUCACAAGUUUGAUGGCUGCUUUGACCUUGCCUGUCGUAUUGACAAAGCUAUCGUACUUCAUUGACAACCCAUGGAGUGUCUCACAGGAUAGAGCUUGGGCAGCUGGUCUGAUUCUGGCAGACUCGCUGAUUGAUAGAAACCUUGGCACCCGGCCCAUCACACUUGUUGGAUACUCGCUUGGAGCGCGAGUCAUCUUCUCUUGCUUGUUAGAGUUGGCCAGAAAGGGGGCAUAUGGCCUGGUACAAAACGUCUACCUCUUUGGAUCACCCCUUAUCGUCAAGAAAGACGAAUGGUUGCAGGCGCGAACCGUUGUUCCCGGGCGAUUCGUCAAUGGGUACAGCACCAACGAUUGGAUUCUUGCUUACUUGUUUAGAUUGACCAGCGGUGGCCCUCGAAGAGUGGCUGGCUUGGCCAAGAUUGAGGAAGCACCGUUCGUGGAAAACUUUGACGUUUCGGAGGUUGUCAAGGGCCACAUGGAUUACAGAAAGGCCAUGCCUCGUCUUCUUCGGGAGUGCGGCUGGCUUGUGGAAAGCGACGAAUUUAGUGAGAUUGAGGACCCAGACCCAGAUAACCACCAGGAGCGCCAGCGUGAGCUCAUCAACGAGAUUGAAGAGGCACGGAAGGAGCUCGAAAGGGAAGGACAGAAAAAGAAGAGCAGAUUCUCUAUCUUUGGGCGGGGUAAGAAGACUGACAAGGAGAAGUGGGAAAUCUACGAGGACUCGUCAAAGGAAAGCAAGCCCGUCUCGAGAACAGAAGACAAAGAGGGCAACAACCAUGGUGUUCUGUUUGAUGUUGAAGCUAUUCGAGCCGAGGUGGCCAAGGAAAAGAACAAGCCAGCGGAGGAUCCGGCAGACUUUCAAGUGAAAGAACUUCAAUCCACUCUCCCGCCAAUGAAGCUCGAUCUGAACUCUUCGAGCUCGUCCUUGAACCCCCGGGACAACCUACGAGAGACGAAGAGCGCAUUCGCGGUGCCUGGCCGGGCGUCGUACGAGACAUCGGGUUCGUACGGUUACACCCCGGAGCGAACGCCGACUUUCCACUCGAGCCAGACCUUCCCGGCAACGCAUAGAGCAGCGUCGCCUUAUCACGCAGCGCCGUCGCCGCCAGAGGAUAUUCAAAUGACGUUUGACACCUCGUUCCAUGACACGCCGGCGCCGCGACCUCCGCCGAAAGACGAUAUAUAUGUGCCAACAACUCGGCCGGAGAUGAAGACGGCACAAACCGCGCCCAAUGUUGCAAGCAAUCCUUGGGCUGAUGCUGAUGAUGAUGAUUUUGGCAAAGAGAAGGAGAUUUCCAUGACUUUUGCAUAG